AUAAUAACAUACAGAGAUUACCUGCCACUUGUGCUUGCGGAGGAGACCAGCAAGUGGAUCCCUUUGUACAGUGGCUACAAGGAGAAUGUGGAUCCUACAGUCUCAAAUGUUUUUUCUCUGGCUUUCCGAUUUGGUCAUACGUCAGUACAGCCUUUUGUAUCUCGUUUGGAUGACAGUUUUCAGCCUUUGGGUUCAUUCUCCCAUGUCCCUCUUCAUUUGACCUUUUGCGCUACGUGGAGAAUUAUAAUGGAAGGCGGCAUUGACCCACUGAUGCGGGGCAUGAUGGUUGAUCAUGCAAAACUGAUGAGACAGAAUCAACUGCUUGUUGAGGAGCUCCAGAACCACCUUUUUGAACAGACAGAGAUAAUGGGUCUGGAUCUAGCAGCCCUGAACAUGCAACGAGGAAGAGACCAUGGCCUUCCAGGUUACAAUGCCUGGAGGCGCUUCUGUGGGCUCUCCCAGCCUCAAACCCUAGAUGAAUUCUCUGAGGUACUAGGCAAUUCCAAACUGGCCAAGAAGUUCAUGGAGUUGUAUGGGACACCGGACAAUAUUGACCUCUGGAUUGGGGCAGUCGCAGAGCCCUUUAUUCCCAAGGGCAGAGUUGGACCCCUCCUGGCCUGCCUCAUUGGCACCCAGUUCAGGAACCUGCGUGAUGCGGACAGAUUCUGGUGGGAGAAACCAGGAGUUUUCACUCUGCAGCAGUUGCAUGCACUGAGAAAAAUCUCACUGUCGACAGUGAUCUGUGACAAUACUCGUAUCAAAACGAUACCCAGGGAUGUGUUCAAGGUCAACAGUUAUCCUGAGAACUUCGUUGGCUGCCAUGAGAUCGAUAAGCUCGACCUCUCACCUUGGAAAGACGAGCCUGGGAGUGGCACAAAAGCUGAUGAGAAAUCCCUGAAAAUUCAGUCUGUUCUGGUCCUUGUGAAUGUGUCCUUCUCUAAGCACCUUAUUCCAGGACAACUGGAGUCUUCCUUCACAGAAAUCAAUCAGAAUUAG